AUGACAACCAACAACGAAGUUGAACAAAAUGGUGCGCUGAUUGUGAAAAGUGAGGCAAGUGAAGCUACAGUGAUUGCCAAAAUAAAUUUCCCAGACUUCGACCAAGAGGAUAUUGAAACCUGGUUCAUAUGCCUUGAAGCCUCUUUUCACGUCAACGGCAUUAAACUGGACAAGUUUAAGUUCAACACAGUGAUCGUUGCUCUUGGUUCACGAGCAAAAUACGUGCAUUCAGUUAUAAAGCAGUGCCAAAACGAAAAUAACAGCAACAAGUACGAAACCCUAAAGGAAGCUGUUAUCGCUCAUUUCCAACCAUCGGAAACACAGCGACUGAGCAGUUUGCUGUCCGGCAUGUCCCUUGGAGACCAGAAACCCAGCGUCUUGCUGUCCGAGAUGCGCCGCUUAGGAGGAGCAGGUUGUACCGACAACAUCCUGACCAACUUAUGGUUGCGAGCCCUGCCCAACACAACUCGUGCCAUCAUCGCUGCCAUGCCAACCGCAACACUGGACGAUCAGGCAAAAGUUGCUGACAAGAUUCUGGAGGCACCCCGCGAGCAGAUUUCCGCUAUUCAACAUCGAGGAGAUGGAGCUACGAUAAAUUCGCUGGAACAACGUAUCGAAGCCCUUACCCGACGGGAUGGAACGCCAGCCAGAAAUAAACGUGGCUGGAUCUGCUGGUUUCAUUUCCGGCACGGUUCUCAAGCUCGCAAGUGUGAAAAACAGAAGGCUGACAACCCGAACGUACCGUGUAUUUUUUUCGACGGGAAGAUCGAGGUGUACUCUCGACCGCGACCGAUGUAA